AAUGAAAAUUAUAGACACUCUACUACAUUCAAAGAGAAUUGGAAGAAAAAUCAUAAAAAACAAGCUAAAUUUGAACCACAUAAUAUGACAGACCAAGAAUUAGAUCCGGAUACUGAAAGCAUUUCGGAGAUUCAAAAUGGUUUAUAUUUUAUCCUAGUAAUUUUUGGGAGAGCGAAUUUGAUUGGCGACAAUAAAAAUAAAAAUAAUGAUAGGUUAUGA